UUUAAUCACAUGACGCUUAUGGCUUCGCAACUUCUUCAGCUAGCUAGCUAAUGUUUUUUUUUUCUUUAGUUUUCUUUUCCGCGUUAAUGAGCACAGCUGUCUAAUGGAUAGCUGAGGAUUUUAUAUGCCAUUUUCUCAUCUCAGGUGAUAUGUCAGGUGAAAUUCAGCGCCAUGUCUGUGGAUGGCUCCCGGACGUCAGUGUUUACCUUCCAGUCAGCUGUACACAGUAUGCAUGUCCUCCGCUGCCUGGAUGAGCAGAGACAGAAGGACAUCUUGUGUGAUGUGACAGUGGAAGUGGAGAGCAGGAGCUUUCGAGCCCACUGCUCAGUACUGGCUUGCUGCAGCGCCUAUUUUUACACCAGACUCCUAAACCACACGGGAUGGAACUCGGUCAUCACUCUGCCUGAGGAAGUCACAGUAGAGGGCUUUGUGCCUUUGCUGCAGUUUGCCUACACUGCAAAACUUCACUUCACCAAAGAAAACAUCUUGGAAAUUCACAGAUGUGCUGAGCUAUUGGGAUUUCACAAUCUCGACAAAGCGUGCUUUGAGUUCCUCAUUCCCAAGUUCUCUGAUGGCAGCGAAACUACUCAGGAAGCCAAGAGGAAGAGCAAAAACAGCAGCAAGAGCAAAAAUAGCCAUGAAAAAUCGCCAGCUGCCAGCGGAGAGUGUGAUAGUACUGAAGAACAAUGCACUAAUACUGAAGGAGAUGGUGUAGCUCUGGUUACUGGAGAUCAGACGGUACAGAAUGUAUCACCUAGCGAUACAGAGUGUCCUAAUGAAAGGCCUUCUGUCACCUCUGAUAAGAAUAUUUUAGAUUUUCCUUCAGUCUCAUUCCAGUCUGCUACUGACCAACAAACAGAACUGUGUUUACAGAAUUGCGGGCCACAGCUGGUUCCGUCUUCAUCCGUACCCACCGGUCAAGUGUGUCCCUUUCUUUCAAUGCCAUGUAGCAGUGAGAGUGACAAUGUGCAUCCUGUCACAGCUGGCUGUGAUGGUGGCAUUUUGAAUAGACUGGCAAUGGAUGAUGUUCAAGGUGAAUGUCUAAACAUGCCAAACGUUGCUGAGGGCCAAAUUGUGCAGCCUGUAAGAGAUUUAGAGCCAGCGUCGGACUGCAGCCAGUUACGUCCCUUAUCCUCCAGGGAAACAAGUGAAGUCUUGGACAGCAUUGCAUCAGUGAGCAACUUGGAGAGCAUUGAGAGCAUCAACACAGAGACUUUUGACCCCCCUGAGCAAAUAUUCCCCAACCCAGCACACAGCGAUGGCUCCACAGAGAGAAGCACAGUGGAGAGGGAGGUGGCUGAGCAUCUGGCAAAAGGGUUUUGGCCAGAUAUGAGUUCCUCUUUGACAGAGACUCCGGAGCACAUAGAGCCGGCAGCAGCUGGAAAUGGCUCUGACUUUCACUGGCUCAAACACCUGGAUUUAGGUGCUGCACCUGAUGAGUGCCCUUUCCUGAGAGACCUAAACUCCAAGGAGGAUCCACCCUCAUUGGCUACCAGUCCAUCCAGAGAAACAAGCAGAGCAAGUCCCUUUGUGUCUCCUAUAAACUCUGGUGACAAUUCUGAAUGCGAGCACGAGGCCGACUCUGUGGUUAGCAGUGAGCAAGCAUGUGAGGUGGACUUGCCGUUCCCCGUUGAGCAGAUCUCGAGCAUGAGCAGGCGAGCUUUCCUGCAGAUUCUGAAGGAGCAGCGGCUCACGCCAGAACAGCUGGAAUUUGUGCAAGACGUUCGGCGGCGAAGCAAAAACCGCAUGGCUGCCCAGCGGAGCCGGAAGAGAAAGCUAGACUGCAUUUACAAGCUUGAGGGAGACAUCAAGAAACUGAGGAUUCAGAAGGAGAAGUUGCUGCAGGAACAUAACCAGCUGAAGCAGAGUAUGGAGGAGACACAGCAGUCUCUCUCAGGUCUGUGUGAGAGUGUAUGUACUAAAUCCUCAAUGCAGCCGGAGCAGCUGCAUAUCUUAGCCAGGUAUCUGUCCCCUGACUCGCCCAGCUCGGUGCUCCUCACACCCACUGCCUCCCCAAACUUGCCCUGCCUCGAGGCCUGGAGCAGUGAGCCAACUCAGCCUGACUGCGCUCAAGCUAAUGGAGCAGUUAAUAAUAAUAAUAAUAAUAUUAAUAAUAAUAAUAAUAAUGAUUUGGGCACCUUUCCGAAGCCCAAUGAUUAUUCACAAACAUAAUCAUGAUAAUCAAGUGAUACAAGCAAAUACAAUACAGGACACAGUCACACACACAAAGCUGGAUUACAAACUGAUUUAAAACAGAACUUUGUGUAAAUAAUUUUCACAUUUUCAGUAUUUGGAUUUUUAUUCAUUGAGCUGAUUAUGAGGAAAAGCAGGCUUGAAAAGCAGCUGUAUGUGGUUUAAUGAUUUCUCUGGGUGUAAGUAUUUGAAACCUAACUGCCAGUUUGUAUGUAGUGUAGACCUUAACAAAACAACAUUGAGAGUAAAUGAAAUCUCCUAUAAUGGGUCGUCACCGCGUGAGCUGCGGUCUGGAUGUGGAUCCAGCAGAGUAUUUCAGCGGAUCAAAGUGAGCACUCGACAAAAAUCUGUACCUAUUAAAAAAAAAAUUAAAAAAGGCCAUAAUUCAGUUCCUCCAGUUUGGUAAAUAUGAACCAUCACAGCUUCUGUAUCAGAUUCUCUGUUGAGGCUUGUUGAAGACAAUUACAUGCAUUUAUGUAAAUUAUUUAGCUGAAGGCACCUCAUGAAGAAAGGAAGGAGUUUUCACAGACUUGCAUUGAAUUUUAUUUCAAUUACACUCUCUGAUCUGAUUACUGAAGUGACGAUGAUGAAAACAAUGUCUAAUGACGAUUAGACAGAGAAGUAUAUGUUUAUUUUCCCCACUUCAAAUUCACAAAUGUGUCUCAUCUGUUCAUAGUCAAUACUGCUAGUCAAACAUGAUAUUAUGAAGAGCCACUAUGAAACAAAACAUAACCACUUCAAAUUCAUGCGUCUUAUUUAUAGCCAUAAGCUAAUCAUGAAUGGUUAAUUAUUAAAAGGUAAUUAUUAUAACCAUUCAGUCAUGUUAGUUGCUUAUCCAAUCCUUUGUAAACAAGGAAUUUUAGUAGAAUUUUACUGCCAUAUAAUCAAAACACUGCUCUGUGUGGAAGAAUAGGACUGGAAGCAUAAUUUCUUAUGAGCUGCCUUUCUUACUUUUGUGUGCAGUAUUAGGAAAAUCUUUGUGCAUGUUGCAUUUUAUUUUCUGAGGAGUUGUUUCGAAAUUUCUCAUUUGUCCACACAGCUGUGCAAAUGUUUUUUGCAGAAGUGGCUAUAACACAGCAGAAGAAGGGUAGAGUCACUAAACCAAACGUUCCUGUUUAAGUUUAAUCACGAUAACCAGGAUAAGGCAGAUGCUAAGGAGGUUAAUGUCAACUCAGGCUUAAGCCACACGUGUUCACUGUUCAGAGGCAAAUAAAGUCAGCAAUGUAACAACAUUAUACAAUGUGACUCAAAUAAUAGUUUUUAAUGUUUUAGACAAGUUGUUGCAGAAAAUGAGAUGCAUAGAUUAUGCAAAAGCUUUAAGAAAAAUCACAGACCCCCGCAGUACAGAUUGAGUUUACAAAAACAUUUAAAACAAGUUAGGCACAUUAUUUAAAUGUGUACAAGAAUAGUUUUAUUUUAUUAUUGUUAUUUCUGGGUUAUCUCCUCAUAGAACUCAUUUUCCUUAACAUUGUCAGUAGAUUCCAGUUGACGUUAUAUAUGGUCUUUGAUAAUGGAUUGUAAUUUCCACAACUGUAAUAAAAAUGUAAAAAAAAAAAAAAUCAUGGCCCCUCUGGCUGAAGUUCACAGACACCACUUUGAGAAACAAUGGAGUUACACUAUAUUACAGAAAGGACAGAAUUGCUUUUGCACUGUUUAGAUGGUUUAUACCUGCAUUUUGUGAUGUUCUGCACCAUUGAAUGUCAUUUAAUUACUAGAGUCAUUGAUUUAUUGCAAUUGUUCUAAUAUAACUUGAUAAGAAAAAAACAAAAUAGCACAUAGGAUAAUAGGAAACCAGCUACUGUUAUUUUCUUUUGCUUGUAUUUGAUUGGGUAAGAAGCAGAUUGCUUGUGCUCAGUUAUGCAAAGCCACAACAUAACCGCCACUGGUGCAAGUUUGAUUUGGAGAGUGACUUCAGCCUCUGUCGUGAUCUUAAGAGUUAAACAUAACUCUACCCCAAAAAUCCUAAUUUUGUGUGUGUGUGUGUGUGUGUGUGUGUGUGUGUGUGUUUUAUGUCCUUUGAAUUAAAAUAAGGUAGCUGGAAAGGCAUAAUAAUCAUAAUGAUCUGAACCUAACUGCCAGGGUGUAUACAGUGUAGUCCUUACCAAAACUUCAAUCAGCAUUUCAUGACUGAAAAAGAAAGAUUAAUUGAAAUCCCAUAUAAUCAAAAAGCUGCUUUCUGUGGCAGAAUUAUAACAUCGUUUCAUAUGAAUUGCCUUUUGUGUGCAAUAAUAGGGCAAUCUGUCAUGUCUAAUAAGAGUUAAACACAACAUUAAUUCCAUCCUAACAAGCUUAGUUUGUCUUUUUUCCCUUUAACUGAAAAGAAGGUAUAUGUAAUGAGCACUGCCACUGUACUAAAUUCAACCAUGAUUUAAAUUGAAGCCAGUAUGUCCUAGUACUCUAGUGGUCCAACCUGUAAUUUUCACUCAGGAGUAAAUGUUUUGGUUGUUUUCUGAGUAUAUUUGUCUUUACUUCAGUUCUUUCUUUACGUUUUCAUAAUGUUUAUGAAUAAAUCUAUAGAACUAAAUUUGCACUGUUACUAAACAUUUCAUAUGAAAUUUUAGCAUGGCAUAAUAACCAAUAUUUGUAUUAUUCCCGUUGCAAGAUGUGCAUGAGCCAAACCAUAUUCAGAGGUAAGGAUUCUUAAUUAUCUAAGAGUCUGCUUUACAAUAGAAAUCUUAGUAUUCUCGGCACAUUCACCUUAUGCACUUUGUUAUACUGUACAGUAAUUACAUUGCAUUUAAUUAUGCUAGAUUUUUGAGUGUCAUAAUGUAAUGCAUCCAUUCAAAUGUAGCACAAUAGUUUCAGCACUAAACGCAUAACAUGGUUACUAAAUAUAGUGCACAUUUGUGCUGAUAUAUUAACAGAGGGAUUUGUUACAGGCUCUAAAAUAACUGCUAUGUAUGAUUAUGUGCUUAUGAGCGAGCAGUUUGUAAAUGGCUUGUAAUCAAUAAAAUCAAACCUGUAAAACACUUUGUUUUCACUCUUUUCUUCUGUUGGUUCCAUGGGUUACAAUGUUAAGGAAAAAGGCCCUUUUUUGCUGGACAGUUGAUGAUCACAGUUUCAAAAAUAAAUGAUAGUUAGUACAAUGUGAAGAACAUGAUAGUGAGGAAGAUAGGAGGUGGUAUGAUGUUAAAACAUGAUAAUCAGUGUGUUCUGUCAUCCAAUAGGAUGUUGAUUUCUUUAUUCUCUACAAAUUGAAUAAUGCAUGAAUGUAAACAU